CACCCUAUCCCCCAUCUACCCAUCCAUCCAUCUCCCUUUCCGAUCUUCAAAAACCCAUCGUAUGCCGUAUGCGCAUUGCUCACCCAUACCCAUACCGACACCACCGUCCCCUAAGCAGCCUCAUCAUAUUAAUAGUGACCCAACGCAACUUCUCUCUCAUUUCCCCCUCAACUUCAACUUCAACUUCAACUUCCUCAACCUUCACUAGACAACCCCUUCUACUGCUCCCUCCUCCUCGCUCUCUGCGAACCCUAACAAUGGCCUCCGAUGACCUCUCCACCUUGCCGGCCGAAGAUGAGAAGUACGGCUUCCAGAGAUCAGAGAUGUACGAGACCAAGCUCGCCGGUACCGUUGACGCCUACGACCGCCACGUCUUCCUCUGCUACAAGACCCCUGAGGCCUGGCCCUCUCGCGUCGAGGGCUCCGAGUCCGAUCCGUUACCUAAGUUCUUCGCCUCUGCUCUCAAAGCUCGCAAGAACGACAUCUCUGUUAAGACGAAGCUGACAGUAUGUGAAGGACGCGAAGGAACUGAGUUUUCCGAUGGCGAUGUGUUGAUUUUCCCAGAAAUGAUCAAAUACAGGGGAUUGAAAGAGUCAGAUGUGGAUAGCUUCGUUGAUGAUGUCCUUGUGAAUAAUAAACCAUGGGCAUCUGGAAUGCAUGAGGCGUUGACCGGCUCCCAUGUAUUUGUAUGUGCACAUGGUAGUCGAGAUCGAAGAUGUGGUGUUUGUGGACCUGUUCUCAUUGAUAAGUUCAGAGAGGAGGCUGAAUUGCGAGGACUUACAAAUCAAGUGUCCGUUAGUCCUUGCUCUCACAUUGGAGGCCACAAGUAUGCUGGGAACUUGAUUAUCUACAGCCCAGGUUCGGAUGGAAUCCUAACAGGCCACUGGUAUGGCUACGUCACACCUGAUGAUGUGCCGGAAUUGCUUGAUCAGCAUAUUGGAAAGGGAGAGAUCAUAGAACGACUUUGGAGGGGCCAAAUGGGAGUAUCUUCUGAAGAAGGUGAAAAAAUUAAUGGCCAGAAGCUCCCAAAUGGAGAAGAUAAUAAGAAAAGCGAGGAGAAGCCCCAAGAAAAUGGCAAUCAGAUUCAGAAUAAUGAGAACUUCUCAGGCUGUUGCCAGGGUGCUAAUGGAUUUACAUGCUGCAAAGAUGUAAGUUUGGAGCAGAAUGGUGGAAGCGAGGAAGAGAAACUAAAAGAAACCACUGAAGCAUGUGGCAAGAAGGAUGCCUUGGGCAGGCUGUCAAGCUUGAUUGGAAAAUGGGAGCAAAGUGAUGUUCUUGCAGCUGCAGCCGUGGUUGGAGCAGUGGCAACAGUGGCUGUGGCCUACAGCCUUUAUAGAAGGUCAGGCUGAAACAUAUUCUAAUCCAUGCUUUUCCAAUGAUGUAGAGACGCUGUUUUCUUUUUUUCUUUAUAGAAAGAUGCUAUAACAUCAAAAUAAUAAUCCUUCAAACCAUACGCUUAUAUGAAAGGAGAAUGGCAGCUAUAUGUUCAUUUUAGGAGGGUGGGAUGAAUUCCCGAAGCUAAGGCCAUAGUAAAAAAUAUUUUGUACACGACUGAAAUUUGUUGUUUUGUUGAAUGGUUUUAUCUUGAUAGUGGGAUUUGCUAUGAGGCUGCUUGCUUAAUGUUGAUGUGGUGUUUUUCUA